AGAUGUCCAAAGAGCAGCGGCUGCCCAGGCCUUGUGCAGGGGGCAGCGAGCAGCCCAGGGAGCCGGACCCCAGACACCGCACUCAGGGCCAUGGCCGACAGGGGCCCGUGGAGGGUGGGCGUGGUGGGCUAUGGCCGCCUCGGACAGUCCCUCGUCUCCCACCUCUUGGCUCAUGGACCAGAACUUGGCCUAGAACUUGUUUUUGUCUGGAAUCGUGACCCAGGACGAAUGGCAGGGAGCGUGCCCCCUUCCCUGCAGCUCCAGAACCUUGCUGCCCUUGGGGAAAGGCGCCCUGAUCUGGUUGUGGAAGUGGCCCAUCCCAAAAUAAUCCAUGAAUCUGGGGCACAAAUCCUGCGCCAUGCCAAUCUCCUGGUGGGGUCCCCCUCAGCUCUAAGUGACCAGACCACAGAGCGGCAGCUCUUGGAGGCCUCACAGCACUGGGACCACGCCGUGUUUGUGGCCCGAGGGGCCCUGUGGGGCACUGAGGACAUCAGGAGAUUGGAUGCAGCUGGGGGCCUCCGGAGCCUUCGUGUCACCAUGGCCACACACCCCGAUGGCUUCCGGCUUGAGGGACCCCUGGCUGCAGCCCACAGCCCUGGGCCUUGCACUGUGCUCUACGAAGGCCCUGUUCGUGGGCUCUGCCCCUUUGCCCCCCGAAAUUCCAACACCAUGGCGGCGGCUGCCCUGGCUGCCCCCAGCCUGGGCUUCGAUGGGGUGAUUGGGGUGCUUGUGGCUGAUAUCAGCCUCACUGACAUGCACGUGGUGGAUGUAGAGCUGAGCGGACCCCGGGGCCCCACCGGCCGAAGCUUUGCUGUGCACACCCACAGAGAGAACCCUGCCGAGCCAGGCGCGGUCACCGGCUCCGCCACCGUCACGGCCUUCUGGCGGAGCCUCCUGGCCUGCUGCCAGCUCCCCUCCAGGCCGGGGAUCCAUCUCUGCUGAGAAGCCUCCUCCCUCCCGAGACAAGAUCAUCUGCCUGGCCUCUCACCACCACCAUCCCACCCCUGCCCUGCCCCACUUCCCCAGGGUCUCCCUUCUGACUCAGUAAAGAUCACCGCUGCCUCCCCCCGCA